AUGGCCGCCAAAGAGGGAGUCCACGUCCUCAGCAACAAGAAGGAUUUCGACGAGGCGUUGGGGCAGGAUAAAUUGAUGGUGGUCGACUUUUAUGCGACUUGGUGUGGGCCUUGCAAGAUCAUUGCGCCCAAGGUCGUCGAGUACGUUUUGAUCCCAUCACAUGUAUCAUCCUAGGGGAGAGAGAUUGCUAAUGUUUCUGGGGUGAUACAGAAUGUCCGACCGUUACCCCGACGCGCGCUUCUUCAAGGUCGACGUCGACGAGUUGCCCGACGUCGCGCAGGAAUGGUCCGUCCGCGCCAUGCCUACGUUUAUGCUGUUCAAGAGUGGAGAGAAGCUCCAGGAAGUCGUCGGUGCGAACCCGGUGGCUCUGGAUGCUGCGAUCAAGGCGCAGUUGGAGAAGGCUUAA